CAGAGAGCUGUCCUGGCCUGUAGACAGACUGAAGGUAAAGUGGUUUAAAAAAAAAAGAAGGUAUCUUCAAAGGAUAAUAUGGGAAUUCUCAUUGUCACAGGCCUCUGAAAUUUUUCAACUUGCAUAGAGUCAACAUACCAAUAUUUAUCUGGAAAUUCCUAGUGGCAUGAAGGAAACCCAAGUGCCUCACUAAGGAGAGGAGGAUGCUAAGGGGAAUUAGAGACCAGUUGGCCCAAUGUUUUCAUUUCACAGGUGAAGAAUCUGAGGCUGAGACAGGUACUUGUUGGAGGUUUGGAGGUACAGCCAGUGCUAGAUGUGACUCCUCUUCAUAAAAUCUCCUGGGAGUGGUGACGGUGACAAGAGCAAGUAAAAUGGGCUGUGUUGUUGGGGAUUAUCACAGUGCUUCAUCUGAACUGGGCAUUGACCACUACCCAACCCCACCAGGGACCCCAGCUCGAGUGCAAACCUGAGCUAGUUCCCUGUCUGGAUCGGUGCCUUUCUUUUUUCAUUGAGAGGUGGAGCAUAAUGCAAGAGCCCAACCAGUCCUUUGUUACUGAAUUCAUCCUUCUGGGAUUCUCCAUUGGCCCCAGGACCACUCCUCUGCUCUUCUCGGCCUUUCUGAUGAUCUACCUGUUGAUUAUUCUGGGCAAUGGCUUGAUUGCCAUCCUUAUCUGCCUGGAUUCGCACCUUCACACUCCCAUGUAUUUCUUUAUUGGCAUCUUGUCCAUGUUGGACCUUGGCUACACUACCACAACUGUGCCCCAGAUGUUGGCACAUCUGGCCAGUGAGAAGAAGACAAUCCCUUUCACUAGCUGUGUGGCCCAAAUGUACAUUUUCUUGGUGCUAGGCAUCACGGAGUCCUGGCUCUUUGCCAUCAUGUCUGUAGACAGGUAUGUGGCCAUCUGCCACCCACUCAGGUACAAGGUCAUCAUGAGCUCAUGGUUCUGUGGGGUGAUGGUCAUUUUUUGUGGACUCUGGGGUGUCACCUCUGCCCUUGUCUACACCAUGUUUGCCAUGCAUCUGCCCUACUGUGGCCCCAACAGAAUCAACCACUUCUUCUGUGAAGUCCCUGCAGUCUUAAAGCUAGCUUGUGCGGACACCUCAGUCAAUGACCGAGUAGAUUUCAUUCUUGGUUUCAGUGUCAUCCUGAUCCCACUGUCCCUCAUUCUUAUAAUUUAUGUCAACAUUUUCAUUGCCAUCUUAAAGAUCCAUUCAGCACAGGGACGGCUAAAGGCGUUCUCCACCUGUGCCUCCCAUAUCGCUGUGGUCACCAUGUUCUCUGUGCCAGCCAUGGUCAUGUACAUGAAGCCUGGCUCUAAGGCCUCCCCGGAAGAGGACAAGAAGCUGGCUCUGUUCUACAAUGUCAUCUCUGCCUUCCUCAACCCCAUCAUCUACAGCCUCCGAAACAAGGACGUGAAGAGGGCUUUCCUCAAGGUGACAUGCUGGGGCAGGGCCCCAGAAUGAGUCCCUGGAAUGAUAGCUGGGGGUCAGAGAAAUAAGAUUCAUGGUGCACAGUCACUGUCCCAAACACUCACCACAUGACCAUCAGCACCAGUGGAAACUCUUGCUCAGCUCCUAAUCUCAACUCCACACAGGUCCAUGGGAGACAGCUCACUCUCUGGCAGACCAGACUCUGUAAUGUCUUCCAGGUACACCAGGCACAGUGCUAAGGCACUUUACAUGUACUAGUUUGAUUCAUCAUCACAACAAUCCUUUGGAAUAAGUACUAUUAUUAUCACUGGUUUCUAGAAGAGGAUGUAGGCACACAAAACUUAGAUAACAUGCCUUUCGGGUACAUAGUACGUGUAUAUUUAAAUAAUAAAAUAGAAGAUAACUUGCCCAAUGUCA